AUGGCUUAUGUUGCGGUCUUGUCAACUCUCUCACAUUACGGUUUUGAGUACAGUAACAGGUCGAAAAAAUUGGACCUGCACAGUUUGGAACAUAGUGGAAGAGCUGAUCAGAUUUUGCUAAAUAAAAUACUCAUAGCUCACCAUUGUGUGGGAAAAAGUUACGUCCCACGCCAAGCAGCGUCCUUGGUUUUAAGGAACCACUGUGUAUCCGUCAGAUGGGUCUUGAGAUCCUUCGUAAGUGAUAGAGAAGUAGUCAGAAAAGUAGGUAGAGAGUUCCAGAGAAAAAGGCCAGAAAAUGCAAAAGCAGAUAUAGCAAAAGUGUGUUUAACACGAGUUAAGAAGAAGGGAGAAAAAGAAGACGAUCGUAAACCGAGCGUUUAG